UAUAGGUCGUCGUAACGGACGCGGACGGCGGACCAUGGGCAAAAACCAAGCAAAAAGGCAAUGGCGGCUACCCGUUGGACGGCCAGCGAGCUUGGCUACAUGAAAAAUCUCCGAAAAAUAUGAUUUACGCGUCGCGAUUGACGAUCGUAAGUUCAAGGUGUAUGGCUUGAAGGCGAAAAAAUAUUUUCGCCUGCAAAGGUAGAAAUGGCACAUGGUAUAUGCAGAGGAUGGCUGAUAGACGAAUGGACUUGUUAUCGAAUCGAUUAGACAACGAAUGGUGGCUGGCAAAUCAAACAGAAAGGUACGACUGCAGGCAAGAAGGAGUAAAUGAGUGCGCGCACCUAAGUAAUGAGCGAGACUCGGCAUUAUCCUAUUCGCUCGGUCUCGGACUUAUACGCAGCCGAGGAAAUAGAAGUGCUUCUUCUAGAAGAGAUACGCGACCUGGAGUCACCACCUGCUAUAUAUUCUAAACCCGAAGACAUUCAAGACUUCGAAAUUGCAGGCAGUAGGACAGGGGGGCAAAUCAGCUCCCAAUCAUCAGAGCUGGAUUCGCCAGGGGUGAACUCGACAGUCCACUCUUGGGAUUCGCAUGCUAAUUAUCACGGUCACUAUGGUAAUAGUGAUCAUAGACCUGGCUCAUCAAACACCAUGCCUUGGUCUCGUGCAAGCCAUGUGGUUAUUUACUGCGACAUACAAGGACAUCUUAAAACACCUACGGGUGUUGUUAGACUCUUAUUACUCAUAUCUUCUGCAGCUUGUUUGGCAACUUUAUGCAGUUCUGGCACUGCCAAGGUCAGCAUUUUUAUGCUGCCUUUAGCAGAUCGUUUACGAUUCAUGAUCUUUGUAGCUGUUUUCUGUUUCUUGGUCACUGCAGCUCUUCUCUUCCUUGAUAUUUCGCAUGUCAUUUACAUCCUUCCUUUAAAUUGGACUAGGCUGAAUGCUAUAGUAUUCACUGGCAUAGGCUUGUCAUAUGCUGCAAGUAGCGCAUUACUAGCAUGUACAAUAUGGGAAUAUCACAGUGGAGGUUGGGUACCAAGACGCACACGUUCUCAGUUAACUGCUGCAGCAGUAGUGGGACUUUUCUGUGCUCUUUUAGCAUUUUUACUGUCUUGGAUACAUUGUCGUAGUGGAUCAAGUUGUAAAGGUCAAGAUUCUCGUAGUCAUACUCCAACCCAACUUUAUAAACCCGUUGACAAUUCUUCUUCCUCUGGGGUCACUUUGAAGGAACGUAGUCCUAAGAGACCGGCUUCAUGGGCCGUGAAAAAUCAGCAAUCGAAGAAACGUAACGUGGACAGUGAUACGAACACUAGUAACGGUGGCCAUCGCGGUAGCAAUCACGAGAAAUUUAAACAAGGCGCAAAUAGAAAGGACCAUUGGGCUACAGCUAAGCAACAUAUUUUAGAAACACAUACGAAUAACGAAGAUACUCAGCGAGAAGAUACUGAAAUUGAAAGGAGACGAAGAAGACGAAGGAAAGAGGGUGACAGUAGUUCAACUGGUGACGGAACCGCGCCAGGUAGUAGUAAAAUCGAUGCUAGCCUUGUUACUGCGGAGGAAGCGAAGACUAGAAGAGUACCGCGAAAGUUACCUUUACAGUCUACAGUGGAGCAGUCUCAGCCGUGGCCCGAAACUGAACGUAGGAAUAGUGGUACUAUGCAAAUUAAAAGUAAAACUAGGCGAAUGCCAGUGAACAAUGACGCACAGAAUUAUUGUGAAAUGAAUGAGGCUAGAUCGAUCAAUCGAGUGACUCGAAAUGGUCUUCGAAACUGGGAGGCGGAAUGUACGUCUAGCAACGGUAUAGAAGAAACUACUGAUGCGAAUGUGAUUCGUAACGCUAUGUGGUCCGGACAGUGGCGCCCACCACCAGAUGAUGUUCAACCUUGUUCUAGCAAAACUAUUGAUCCUUACAGCUUUACCUGAACGUCUUGUGAAAUAUGAAGCACACACUUUAGGGCUCAUCAAGUUCGUCGUUAUCGAAUUUUGCAGGACGAAUAUUUAAGAUCCAAAGAUUGUCCAAAGAUUUAAGAUCUUGUAUAAAAUUAUUGCUGCCUUGUACAUUUUGCUGCCAAGAGGAUAGGUUCUCUUUAGUUGUUCGGGUCCUGACGUUUUGCAUCACACAAAACCAGACUGCCCAACUUUGAUAAGCAAAUAAUGCCACUUCAUUCCAAUCAUGUACCAAAUAAUAAAUCUAAGUAAGUUUUAAUGGGAUUUUGUAAGUAUAAGACCACUAUAUAGCACGUAACACUAAUAUAUAUUUAACUAAUUAUUUCUAUCAUAUUUUGAUGCCAACAUAUUUUGAGCUCCAUGCAUACUUGAAAAAACGUUUAGUACAUGCAGGGAGAAACCGCCUAUUCUUUAAGAUGAAAGUGUAUAUAUUAAAGGAUUAUAUACAUACAUAAUAAAAUGCAGCUAGACCGAUCUUUCUAUCAAUCCUACAUAUAAACAACGGCAGUUGCAACUGCAAUUUGCGACUUGUCUAUUUAAAUUUAUAUGUAAUUGCAAACUCUUGAAACACAAGCG